CCUAUUUGUUGCAGUUUCCUGACGUGAAACAGAUCAUUUUACAACCAGACCCUAAAGGUGAGGACAGGCCAGAGGAGGUUGUGGAGGCUAGUCACCCGGAGGAAGCAGAGUACAUCAUUAUCGGUGGAGAAGGAAAUGGUGGCCUGUCCCUAGAAGAUGAUGAGAGCCAGUCAGAGGCGUACCACAGCUCCACAGCAGAGCCCGAGAAAGAAGACACCAGCCAAGACUUCAGAGAGGAGCUGGAGAUGUGGGUCAAGUCUGAGCCGGGGUCAGAGGGCGACACCGUCAGCUUCACCCCCAGUGUCGCAGAAAACAAGAUGGUCGACCUCCUCACGGGCAGGGAAAUGCACGCCUGUUCAUACUGCAACAAACGCUUCAACUACCGUAGCCAGGUGAUAAUCCACGAGCGGGUUCACACGAGGGAGAGGCCGUUCGUCUGCAAACAGUGCGGCAAGGGUUUCUCCCAGAUGAACAACCUCAACAAGCACCAGCUCUGUCACAGGAGAGGGGAAUCACGAGUGUGGCAAGGCGUUCUGCCACGCCCAGAGCCUGAAGAAUCACAUGGUGGCAAGGCGUUCUGCCACGCCCAGAGCCUGAAGAAUCACAUGGUGGCAAGGCGUUCUGCCACGCCCAGAGCCUGAAGAAUCACGAGUGUGGUAAGGCGUUCUGCCACGCCCAGAGCCUGAAGAAUCACAUGGUGGCAGCUCACGGCUUCGGCACGAGGUUGGACUGCGAGACGUGCAGCAAGACGUUUCACAAUAAGAAAGCUCUCAUCGCACACUCCACCAGUCACCGCAGGGCUUUCGGCUGCGAGAUAUGCGGGAAGGCUUUCGGUACGAAACAAACUCUUAAGACCCACCAGUUUACUCACACGGGGGAGCGUCCGUUCAUCUGCAACUACUGCGGCAAGAGCUUUGCCUACCUCUGUAACCUUAAAACUCACAAGAGGGUGCACACUGGGGAGAAGCCCUUUGGCUGUGAGCGGUGUGGCAAGUGUUUCACUCAGAAACACUGCCUGGAGAAAGACUUGUGUAAAGAUUAAAAAGCUGUAGAUAUACAGAGUAACUGCAGCAAACUACCGUCCGUCUAUGUUUACUUGUUGGCACCAAAUGUUCCAUGGCCGUAACAUUCUAAUCUACGUUCUGACUAGAAUGUUGUGGUCUUGUAGUCUGGGUACCCCUCUGAUUAGCUAACGUUCCACUCCUUGUGCUAUGCGCCAUAGAGACUGGCCUUUCUUCAAUCUCAGCGUUUAAUAUGCAGCUGGAUUUUGCGAGGAGUUACUGAUUUGUUGUUGGAAAUAAGGUUAUUGUUUGGCAAUGGCACAGAGUACAAGGAGUGGUAUGUUAGCUAAACAGACUGGUAGCCAUGCUAGUGGUCUUGUGCUAUCAUGGGGGAAUUCUAAACCUGCAAAUUCUAUUGCUUUGUUGAGGAGACUUAAGUGUCUCGAGUAAAGCGUCUACAUAUGUGUGGGACAGAUUGACCUGUGCAUACAGUUAUUGUUUUUUCUUAUAUCACAUUUUAAUUUGCACGAUUACGAAGUACAUUGACUGUUACUACUACAACUUCUAUCAUUACUGUGGCGGUAAGAAUAGUGUGAGGGGAUUGACACACAAAGCAAAAUCACCCCUUCACAUUCUGAUUGAACAGAAAUAGAUCUCCCCCUGUUGAGUUAGGUUUCUCUCAAAGUUUAUUGGUCGUCACUAGCUUCCACAGCUACAAACCCGCCAGUUUCUACAAUUUCUCUUCUUACAUUUUGAUUUUAAACCUAACCACAAUGCUAUUCUUAUGCCUAACCCUAACCUUAACAUGAAGAGCAAAAAUGAAAAUACAUACAUUUUUACGAUAGAGCCCGUUUUGACUUUGUGGCUAGUGAAAACAAAGUUUAUUCUGAUCAAGGUCAUUUUCUCUACUGACCCUUUUUACUGUACUACAAAUAUUAGCCUACAUAUUUUAUUUGUUUGUUUUAACAAAUGUAAUUUCGCCAAAGCAGCUGGUAUUCACUGUGUACAUUAUAUCCAAUGCAUGCUUCUAUGUUGUAAUGAUAAAAUAUUGUAUUCUG